AUGUUGUGCACAAGAAAGCGAACAGAGUGCGACUCGCCGAAUGAAUCCGAAGCCGGGAUGGCACCGCGAAAAGAUGAUCUCUUUUGGAAUGCUAUUAUGAAUGUGAAAAUCAAAAAAAGCUUGAACAUUUUCCGAAGACGACCAAAACUUGAGCGCGCAUUUGUCAACGAAUUAGCGCAUCGAUUUCAAAUUUCAGAAGUUGAUGUGAAAAAGGUACACGCGAUUUUCGUGGCCAUGGACGAGGACGGCUCCGGCUCAAUCUCAUCAAAUGAGGUCGCCACGAUGCUCAUGGGAUUCGGCUGUGAUGUGUCGCCAAAAGUUGUGCAAGCAGUCAUGCGCACAUCGGAUGUGAAUGGCGACGGGGAAAUCAAUUUCGAGGAGUUUCUCUGUGCUGUCACGAGUAAAAUAAAGCAAGAUGGAGCGACAUCUGAAGGGAACAAAAAAGAAAUACAAGUGCUUUCCGAUACGGAAGAUCAAAAAAAUCUACCCGUUUGUCCAUGGGAAGAAGAGCAAAUACACGCUGAAGAUCCGGAGAAGCACGAGUGUGUGGAUGAAUUAACAUGCCAACAACACCGUCCAUGCAAAGAACUUGCGGCAAAAUACGAAGAUAAAAUGCGAGAAGAGUAUAGACAAGCAAUCAACAGCGUGCCCACGUCACCAGAGUUUGAAAGGAAAGAAAAUCGAGGAGAUGACGAGUUGAAUAACAAUCGAGAAAAAGAGGAUGAAAGAAAAAAAAGCGAAUCGAAUGAAGAUGUUUGGCAACAAAAUGAGGAACUAGAUCACACGAUACGAUCGGCAACUAUUUACACAUCAAUGCAAAUGCUCGACUUUUCGGAUUUCGUGCAAGUUGUGCAGACAGUU